GGAGGAGCUUCGCAAACAACCAUCUCGAAGGCGGCAGAAGAAGCAAAAAAAAAAAACACCAUGAAGCUGCUGGCGGUGGCGUUCGUUCUCGCGCUCUACGCUUCGGCUGUUCAAACCUCACCGACGACGACGACGACGACGACGAGCGACGAUCAAUCUCAAGAGCAGCAGCAGCAGCAGCAAAAGUCCAGCAACGAUGUGUCUCUCGCAGCGGUCAAACAGCUCCAGAGGUUGGCACACUUUCCACGCAGCGGUUUCCUCGACACCGCCACCACCAACAAUAAACAGCAGCUGCAGCAGCAGCAGCAGCAACAUCGGGUCAAGUACGGAAAAUCUCGCGGACGCAGCAGUAGCAGCAGUAAGCUGCAGUCGUCGGCGAAUUCCGUCGACGAUGCUACCAGCACCAGCCUCGAAAUUCCCAUCGAUCUGACCGAGCUGCUGCGCAUAAUCGGCGAAGGCAGCACCGCUAAUGGCAAUUCGAAAAAUAACGGUCAGAUCACGGCCAAGCAGAUGCUGGCUCUGGAUCGCUACGCCGACAAGAUCAUGAAGGACGAGCGGGUGAUGAGCUACGUGCAGGAUCGCAUCAAGCGCGACCACACCACGGGCUACGAUUACGCGGCCCCGCCUCACGACUCGUACGGGCCACCCGCGCCCGUUUACGGACCUCCGCCGGCCCAGCAUCACGGGGGUGGCAGCGACAGCGCCUCGUUCUUCACGGGCCUCGUGGGCGGCCUGAUCGGCAGCUCGGCCAGCCUGUCCAAGGGCUCGGUCGUCGCCUCGGCCCAGGGCAGUCACGCUCCGCCGGCUCUGCCGCAGCACCACCCGGUGGUCUACGGGCCACCCGCCCCGGUCUACGGUCCCCCCAAGUAUCCCACGUACGGCCAUCACGAGCAUCACGAGCACCAUCAAGUAACUCCCUGGGAUCUGAAAAAGGCGAUCAUCAACUCGCUGAUCCAGGCGGUCAAAGCCGUGGGCGGCGGCUUUCUCGCCCUCAACGGCCAGAUCAUCAAAGGCAGCGGAUUCCUCGUGCAGACAAAGGGUCGUCUAAUCAGCGGCGCCGGCGAGGCUAUCAGCGGUUUGGGCAAAACUUUGGCCACCGGCGCAACGAAGCCAACGACGCAACAUCAUCACACAACCUCGUACGAGCAUCACGGCUACGCUUACGGCCCACCGCCGGUGGUGCAUAAUCAUUACGCUGGACACGAUCAUCAUUACACUGGAGCACCACCGCCGACUGACUCGUAUCAACACGGUUUCGGAGCAGCGACCGAUGUCCAUGACGACAGCCAAGCCGGACUGUUGGUCGCGCAACCUGUGCCCGACCUAAACCACCUUCAUCAUCAUCAACACCAUCAUCAACAAUCGGACGACGGCUUUGAAGCGCCACCGCAGCAAGACGACGCCCACGUCGAAUAUCAAACCUUCGAUCACGGAGCAGCCAGCGGUGUCGACGGCGUUGCCGGCAAAAGCAAGAACGAAAAGGUCAAGGAGGCGAUCGCCCAGUUGGCCGCUUUCUCGGCCCAGUACAAAAAGAACAAAGGAACAAAGACGACGACGACGUCGACGAGUGGACACCAACACAGCAGCGACGUCGGCGGCGGCAUCGAAGUGCCCACGAAACCGCUUCAAUUGCAGGAUUACAAUCAGGAGAGUCACGAUCUUUAUCCGCCGCUUGGCAACGGGCCCGCGGACAGCAGCGGCAAUCAUCAUCAAGCCGCCGCCAGUCACGGUGGCGUCGAGCAACAUCAUUACACGACGCUCGACCAAGUCGACGACAAGUACAAGCAUCCGCCGAUCACCAUCGAGGACACUUACCUGCAGCAUCAGCAUCAUCAGCAGCUGCAUCAUCAGGCUGGUGGCUACGGACAGGCCGAUUUGGAAUCGCCGCAUUACGCCUACGUUACGCAGCCUCAUCUGCAUCAUCAUCAGUACGGCCAGCCUCGGCCGCACAACUACAAACAAGUAUCGUUCAAUAUACCCGACGUACACUUCGAGAUAUCCGACGAGGAUAUAACAGGAUUCGAGAAGGGAGCUUUCGAGCAGCCUCAUCAUCAUCGCUUCCCGACGAUGGAUGGCCCGUUGAAGAUACCGAUUAUCGGGCCCUACUCGCCGCAUCAGGGCUUUCCACCGGCGCACCUCAACUCGAUACACGACAUAGGCAUCAAGUAUCCGGAAAUU